UUAAAUACACAUGCACCCAAAAAGGUAUCUACUUAUCUAUAGGUGUACUGUCCCUACCUAAAAAUUUUUUUCAGGUAUCAAAAUCUUUUGUGUGGUAUGUGAAGAAAUUUCAGUUUCACUGGUCCAAGCAUGGAUCCAGUUCCUUUAGAAGAAAUUCAUGGUGAAAUUGACUUGAUUCAGUCAAUGUACGGAGGAGAGGUUGAAAAUUUAUGCCCUGAUCAUGACUCAGCUGAAGAAGUCAAUUACAACACCACUGCUGUUCGUCUCUACCUCACCCCUCUGGGCACAUGUUCCCCCUCAAGGCCUGAUCAUCAUAUCAUGGUCACAAUCAAACUAGAAACUGACCAUGAAUAUCCUAAGAGCCCUGCCAUUUAUCAUAUAGAGGAUUUUCAAGGAAUUACAGUGGCUGAGAAAGAUGAGCUGGAAGCCAUAGUUAAAUUGAAGAUCACGGAAGCUGCUUCUGAAGGAAUGGUUGUCUUCUAUGAUGUUUGCAGAGAAGUCAAGAGCUACUUAGCAGACCACUGCCGCCCCCACCGUCCUAGCGUGCACGACGAGCGUCUGGCGCGUCAGCGGGAGGUUGAGCUGCUCAAGAAGAAGCAAGAAGAACAACAACAAAAUUUACAGCGACAGCAGAAGAAAAUCAAAAGUGAACAAAUUGAGGCAGCUAACCGACAAUACCUUGAUGAACGGAGAGCUGAGCGCCGUGACAAUGCUGAUCUUCAUAGUCGGUCUGAAUCAAUGCAACGCUCCCUAUCACUGCCGGUACCGCAUGAGACGCCAACGCGCAAAAGAUCUUCGCGAUCAAUAACGGAAAAUUCCACCACAGUGAAAACAGUGAAUGUGUCUCUAACUAAUUCCAAAGGAGAAGAGGUGAUAGUAGAAAUUGUGCGGCCGCUAAGUAAGAACUUGGAGCAGCAGUCUUACCACACGGUGUACGAGGUGGUUAGUCCUGCCACAAACACCGUGGGGGUCUUGCAUACAUGGGAAGUUCGCUUAAGUAACAUCAAGGCUCGUAGAAACUCUUCAGCCAACAAAGGAUCAUAUUGGGAGACUGUGCGCAUGGAAGAGUUCCUCCAGCAACUGAAGAAGAUAGAGACUGAGUUGCCAAAGCUGUUGAAGCUCUCACAUUCUCACAUAGUUGAAUAUGAGGCUUUCAGUGUUAUUAGAUCGAGCAUUGACAUCAAAAUUCACCUCCUGCAGCCGUAUCUUGACAUGCGACCACUCUCUUUCCUCUUGGGUACGAAGGGUCUUUUCCGUGAGAUAUACGUCCUGGAGUAUGCUAAAGAGUGCCUCAAAGGGCUCUCUUACCUGCACCAACAGGGAGUUGCGCACGGCGACCUGAGGGAUUCUUGUAUAUUUUCUGGCGAAAAAGUCUAUGACGUGCGAAUUGCUGACUUUUGUAUCGAAAGAAUACUUCUUGAUGCCGUCAUGAACUUCCUGAAUAAAGAAGCUCCAGUAACAUACGGCUCUUCUGGAGCUGACGCCAAGCAGCGGGAUGUGUUCCGCCUGGGUCUUAUCCUCAUAUCUCUGAUUGUUGGAGAACGUGUAACUGAGAGCACCCCGACGAUCCCAGCACGCAUAAGCUUGGAGUUGCAGGACUUCCUGAAGCACUGCAUUGAGCCUGACUAUACCUUGCGCUGGUCCAUAGACAAGCUGCUCGCCCAUCCUAUCUUUGCUCCUGAGGGGGCGGCUUCACACAGCUGUCGAACCAUGAACAACGUCACAACUGCCAAGGAUAAGAAGAAGAACGACGCCGAGCUCGGCAUUCGGUGCGGAGAGGAACGCAACAAGAGCAUUUCAGAAGAGCCUCCUCCGUGCGACUCACGCUUCGCAAAGGACUACGAGACCCUGGGCCUCAUCGGCAGAGGUGGCUUCGGACGCGUGCAUAAGGUACGCAAUCUUGUGGACAAGAACUUGUAUGCGCUUAAGCAAGUGAGCUUGAACCGCCGAGGUCCUGAUGGCGACGAAGUACAGCGCAUCCUGCGCGAGGUUCAGUGCCUGUCAUCCCUGAACCACGACCACGUCGUCCGCUACUACACGUCGUGGAUCGAAGACGUCGUCACUCUGCCACGAGAUCCCACCGACUCAAACUCUGACGAUGACGAGACUGCAUCAGAGCUUGAGAGCAAAACCGAGAAUAAGACUCACUCGAGAGAAAUCGUCCCGGAACUCAGGUUCGACUACGGCGAUGAUGAUGAUGAUGAUGAUGACGACGACGAUGAGGAUGACGAUUCCAUCAGCAGUUAUGGCCAAAAAGUCCCGGAUUGUGACGAGUCUGACUUCAUUGUUUUCGAGAACACCGAGCGUGACGGACCCGCGUCUGAGGGAUCACCAGAGCUGUCCAGGAGAGAGCGCGCUUCGUCCAGAGCUGCCCCGGCCCCCACCAAGCGCCUCUACCUCUUCAUCCAGAUGGAGUACUGCGCCAACAACACCCUCAAGCACGCCAUCGACGACAAUUUGUACACUAAAGACUCUCGUCUGUGGCGUAUGUUCCGUGGCAUUAUCAGUGGGCUGGACUACAUGCAUUCCAAGAAUGUGAUACAUCGCGACCUGAAGCCUGGCAACAUCUUCAUUGAUGGUACAGAUCGUGUUAAGAUUGGAGAUUUCGGCCUCGCGACUGUCAUUAAAAACCAACUCACCGGAGACCGAGGAGCUGAUGAAUUAACUGCUCAGAAUCAGGCAAUCUCUGAUUCAGCCGAGCAGUCUUGUAACGUUGGAACUUUCUAUUACAUUGCUCCGGAAUUUUCUUCUUCCUCUUCCAAAGCACGAUAUAGUUCCAAGUUUGACCUCUACAGCUUGGGCAUUAUUUUCUUCGAAAUGACCUACGUUUUGCCAAAAUCUGGCUCUGAGCGACAUGAGCUGAUGAUAAAAGUGAGGAAGCCAGAAGUUUUACUCCCACCUGAGUUCGAAGAGCAUAGGUACGUAUCCAAGAGGCAAAUACUGCUCAAUCUCCUCAACCAUGAUCCCACUAAACGACCAAGCACGUCCGAAUUGCUCAAAUCGGAGCUACUGCCGCCUCUCACAAUUGAAGAACAGCAUUUCAGGGAACAACUUCAGAAGAGCCUCCAAAACGGCGAUUAUGAUGUGCACGAAGAUAUUUUGCAAGCUUUCUUUAAACCCAAGGAAAACGUUUGCAUGGAACUGGAUUUUUUUCACCUCAAUAAGGCACCAGUUGCCAUGAAUUCUCCUCAAAAGGUUGACUAUGUCAUCCAAGGAAUUGAAUCUGUGUUUCGCUCGUAUGGCGGAAUAUGGAUACCUGUACCUCUCUUCAUCCCGCCUGACAACGCUGAGAGCAGAGCUGGUCAGAAGGCAUUCAAAGUUAUGAGUGAGCGAGGAAGUGUAAUGACAUGCGCUCCAGAGUUGAGAUUAUCGUUUGCACGUCUUGCAGUUGUCCAAAAAUGGUGCAAGCUCCGUCGUUACAGCAUUGAUCGCUUCUAUCUGCCGUCAAAAAACCUAAAAUCAGAUUUUCCCGUCGGCAAAUUUGAGUGUGCUUUUGACUACUUAGGGGCCAUUGAAGAACAAGAUGAGUUAUUUGUGCGUGUUCUGAAACUGGGGCACGAUCUUAUCAAAGUCUUGACGGACGUAACUCGUCAUGUGAGCACCAGCGACGUUACGCUUGAAGUGGCGUAUCUCCCGCUUGUUUAUUCCAUUCUCAACUCGUGUGGUGUGAACAAAGAGAUUCGGAGCGAUGUCAUUGCUACCAUAACUGACUCCUUACAGAGCGAGUGCUCCAUACCAGAAAUCUGCCUUCAGCUCUCUGCCUUGGGUGUCAGUGAAAAAUCAUACCGAGCCUUGAAGCCUUAUCUUGCAAUGGAUGGAAAUGUGGAGCAGAUUUUAGAAAAAAUCAUCUCAAAGUCAUCUUAUAGCUCAUCCAAAGAAGUCGUAUCUCAAGCGAAAAUUUUCCAGCGAACGAUGCAUAAAGCCACAGCUUUAGGUGUCGAAUUAACUACUCGAUUGCAGCCAUUGCGUUUUUCCAACAGAAGCUUAUACAAUGACUUCAUGUGCCGAUUCGUGAUGUCCAAGCUGCGUUCUUCGAAAAAACAUUCGAAAAAGAGCUACGUUGUUGCUAAAGGAGGCAUGUUUGAUCAACUUAUCGCAAAAUCAAAGGAAUAUUUCCCUCCUAGCCAAGUCAACGAUGUUCCCGUAGCUGCAGUCGGCAUCAGCUUCUCCCUGGAGUGCCUUGUGGCCGCAGUUUUCAGAGAUGAUUUACAAGACACGCACGCACCACUUCCAGACUGGUCGUUCACCUCCGAACUCGGGUGCGGACGCGGCGACAUGACCGUUUGUGUUGCCUAUGUAGGCGAUGGAGAAGAAAAUCAUGCUAAGAUUGAAGAGCGCGUUUCCAUAUUCAAAGCUUUGAGGAAGCACAAUAUCGUUUGCGACUUCGCUCAUUUCAAAUCUCAAGAUGAUCUAAGCGAAUUACCAUGCCCUUUCUUGGUAAUCCUCGUCAAGGAUUCUGACAAAGCCACCAUCAAAUAUGGAUGUUCUCGCUCAGGCAUUUGGCAUCAACAGAAAAUGGUAUGCGUAAUGGAUGUCGCUGACGAAGUGGUGCGUUUGAUGAGUGUUAAAUAUUGAUGUGGUGGGAGCUUUGAUGCCUGCCUGAGUAUUAACUUCGCGGCUACCAUUAUAUGGACUUUGUGUCUAGUGAUUAAAGACGGAAACCCGAAUUAAUUAAAGUCAAUUGAAAUUUGUUUUAGACACAAUUUUAUUUUAGGAUCAUUUAUAUUUCCGACGUGAAAUAUUUGCUUGUGUCUGAUCUGCGCAAAAAAAGAAUUACCAUAUGUAUUUGUUUCUAAUUUUACCAUCGAUCAUUCUUAUAUGUGUUUAUCUCAUGUCCUUUGAUCUCAUUCCAAAUCAUUUUGAAUUGAUAAAAAAGAACUGUAGUGUACGAAGUGGAAUUAAUAAAGCAUCUCUAUUGA